GUAUUGAAUGUCAAACGUAAAUUUGGUUGGCGCUAGGCUUCAAUUCUUUACUGCGGUAACACUCAUACAUACAAUUUCUCCUUCAAAUUCUCUAGAAAAUACACAAAUAUAUUUUUUUCUGGUGAAAUUAGGAAAAAGACCCAAUUCAACUGUAUCGGUUUAUUUAGUAGAAAAAGAUUAGAUUUUUAGGAUGAGUUCACGGGGGUUGCUGCCAUUAAUGAAUCUUGUUAGACUUAAGGGAGUCCCAAUUUUGCAGCAAUUGCAUUUGGAAGAGAGGCUAUUGAGGACCACUUCUCAAAAUUGGUGUAUUGUAAAUGAUGGAACCAAUGAACCCACCAUUGUUAUGGGCAUUUCAGGAAAACCAGCUGAACUUCUUGAAAUCGGUUCUGUUUUGCAAGACAAGAUUCCAGUAGUUAAGAGGUUUACUGGAGGAGGCACCGUAAUUGUUGAUCACAGGACAGUUUUCAUCACCUUCAUAUGCAACACGGAUGCUCUCCCUAGCGUACAACCGUAUCCUAGGCCCAUCAUGUCGUGGAGCGGCCAACUGUAUAGCAAAGUGUUUCAAGGAGUAGCGGAUUUCUCUCUUCGUGAAAAUGACUACGUUUUUGGCAACCACAAGUUUGGGGGAAAUGCUCAAUCUAUCACAAAAGGGCGUUGGGUUCAUCAUACGUCCUUUCUGUGGGAUUAUGAGAUGAUGAACAUGGCUUAUCUCAAACUUCCAAAUCGAGUUCCUGACUAUCGACAGGAAAGAGACCAUUUGGACUUCAUCUGCCGCAUGAAGGAUUAUAUAUCUCGUCAAGAAUUCAUCAAUAGAACCAUAUCUGCUCUUGGCAGCCAAUUUUGUGUAACUUCUCUGGAGCUUGAAUCAUUUGACUGUCCUGAUGACACGAAAUUUGUGCCCUCCUCUAGACUUCUGGGAAAACAAGAACUGGAGGAUAGUUUGGAGUCUGAAUCUGGGAAUGUCAUACUUCAGUCACUGUAACUGCCACACGACCUUUGCUUGAGGGUGCUACUGUAUGUCAGUGUACCUUAAUUGAUUAUUCAUUCGAUGAAUAAUUUUCAUAAGAAUAUUUUUGUUAAGUGGGCUCCUAAUCUGAAUGUGGUUGCCUACCUCCAACUCAUUCAUAUUGCUACUUGCUCAGAUUGAAAUACUGGGAAGAAGUGCUAAUUUUUAACAUUGUGCAUUA